AUCUUUCACCGUCGCCCGCCGAGCUCUCCGAUGUAGAGAGAAAGAGCGACAGACAGUCAAGCCAAAGCACCGAAUGACCGGAGGAGGAUCGACGAUGAUGAUGGAGAGAAAGCACUUGUCCGCCGUCGCCAACGACGUCGUCCAAAGAUGCGCUCUGAAAAUAGGGACCUCAAUGGAGAGACUCGAGGAGGAGUUCGCAGCCGAGUGGAGAGCUGAAUCGAGCGGUUACUCGAGGAAGUUCGUGGAGGUCUGCAGCUCUAAGGCUCUGAGCAAAAUGUGCGAGAGAGUGGGAGAAAAUUUUACUGAUGGAUCGUUCAGUCGGUUGACUUAUGAUAUGAUGCUUGCCUGGGAGAUGCCCAGCUCUUCUGAUGAAGAAGCUGCAAUGGAGUGUGUGGGGAAGGAGAAAGAAGAGAAGAAAAGGCUCGUGAAAGUACCGCAGGAGAAUGAUGAAGUUCCUCUCUUCUAUUCCGACCUUGUGCCGCUCCUUGUUGAUCACGAGCCUGAUGUUGGGGAGGACGCGUUUGUGUGGUUGGCCUCUUUAUUCCCACUAGUCGCCGAUGUUGUUAAUGGGAGAUUCACAUUCGAGACCCUGACUGCUCCGACAGCAAGCAGGCUCCAUUUUCCGGCAUACGAUAAGUUCUUAAAAGAAAUUGACCAGUGCAUCAAGCAUUUGCAAACGCAAGAAACUCCGAAGGGUGUGGAGCUAGCAGAAGAUGAAUUCAUAUUGCACGUAGAAGGCACAUUGAGCUCGCAGAGGGUAGUUUGGCAUAUCGGAAGUUCAAGUUGGCCUGGCAGGCUCACAUUGACCAAUUACGCGCUCUAUUUCGAGGCAUCAGGAGUAAUAAAUUACGAAGAUGCGGUCAAGAUCGACCUUUCAAAGGACAAAGAAGGCACUGUGAAGCCAGCUGCAACUGGCCCUUGGGGGGCUCCACUUUUCGACAAGGCCAUGGCCUAUGAAUCCUCUGAACUAUCAGAGGGAUUCAUCCUCGAGUUUCCCGAGAUAACAAGCUCCACAAGACGGGACCACUGGCUUGCCCUGACAAAGGAGAUCAUGCUGAUGCACAGAUUCCUGUCCAAGUUUAUGGGAGAGCAUCCCACACAAGUGUGGGAAGUCCAUUCUAGGACGAUUCUCAGCAUCAUAAGGCUCCAUGCUGCGAGAGAAAUGCUCCGAAUCUCGCCCCCUUUGCCCAUGAAGUUCUUGAUCUUCUCCCAGUUCGAUGAGCUCCCAAAAGGUGAUAUCGUGCUCGAGGAGCUUGCAGACAGCUUGAAGAAGGAUGGGGUGAGACAACCCUGCAGCGCAAGCUCGAUUCUGAAGACAGUCAAUAUAUUGGGCUCGUUGGACUCUGCGUCGAUAGUAAAGGAAGAGAUCAAGGACUAUGAGGGUACAAGUUCAGGUAGUCCCGAGGGGGAUUACUCUUUGCUGAACACUGCAAUCAAUCAGGUGAGGGAGGAAGCGGAGGAGGUCGAGAUCGCAAAGGCUACAGUUGAAGGGUUGAAGGAUGAAGGGAUCGGCGACAGUGCUAUGGUUCUCAUGGAGCUGCUAAAACCGCUUAAAGGUGCAAUUCCACGGCUCCAGGAAACACUAACUUGGGAAAGACCGUUGACUACUCUCGCUGUUCUCUGCUCAACGAUUCUGGUUCUCUAUAAGGAGUGGGUUAACAAGGCAGUUGCGGCUUUCUCGCUGUGGCUGGUUGUGAAGAUGCUUCAGGCAAGGAAAAGGAGGAGCCAACACUGGCAAGAUGAGAUUGUGGUCUGUACAGCUUCAGUGCAAAGUACGAUGGAGAGUAUAGUUUCUGCCCAGAAAGGGCUACAAACUGUCCACGCGGUAGUCCAGGCAGCAAACAUUGCACUACUAAAGCUGUGGUCGAUAUUCGUCUCGAGGGCUCCUAAGCAUGCGGAUGCAGCGAUGGUGGCACUGAGUGUGUCAGCGAUGGUAUUGGCAGUGAUUCCCCUCAAAUACAUCCUCAUGGGUGUCACUGUAUAUUCUUUUGCUAUGAACUCGAGGAUGAGGAAGCACAUAGAGAGUGACCGAGGCAACCGGCGGCUCAAGGAGUGGUGGGAUUCGAUACCAGUGGUUCCUGUCCGAGUAGCGGACAAGGCCAAGAACUGUCCAAAGAAGUAGUCUGCCUGUGAGUCCGACUAUAAUUACCCACGUCAUAAGGCCAAAACUGCUGCCAAAGUACUCCGGCUUGGAGAGAACAUUAUCUUAUUUCUUCGGCAUGUGAUUGUAUAUUAUGGUAGUUUUUCCCUGUAUCAGAUCUAUCUGUACACAGACCCAUUUGUUCGGCACUGGGGAGUAUCUUAUCUCAUAUGUUAAGUUAGUUUUCCGACUAUGCGGUAUAUAAUGAUAUAUGUGAAUUAUAUA